GCAACAUUAUUGCGUGCCGUCACGCAGCAACAACAAGUUUGCUGCAUGUUUAAGUUGCGCGCGUCGCGCCAGCUGCAGACUGCAGAUUGCAGAUGUUUGUUUUUCUAUUGUUUAUUGUGAAAUUGUCCGGAUCGGGAAGAAGAAGCAGAGUUUUCCAUGAAUGUUGUUAAUUUUUGGAUUGUCUGCCGUACUGCCACUCCCCGAAUAAGCUUAACCAGCUUCCACUUUUUGGAUACCGGAUCCGAGAUAAUGAAACAUUGAGCAGGGGAACGCAAAAUUCGUCUCUUACAAAUCUUGAAAUCGGACACGCAAACUGUGGAAACUCUGGAAAUUGUGGGACAUCGAGAUUUUAACUGCAACUGCACCUGUAUCGGCAACGGAAAGAAAUAAUACCCCCAGCAUACGUGCAUUCAUAUGUACGUAUGUAUGUAUGGUACACACACAUCAUCAUACUUAAAUAGGUACAGCAGAGACACGCAAACAUGACUGUCAAAUUGGCCAAGCUAUUUGGAGGAGUUGGGGUACUGGGUGUGGGUGUGGGUGUGGGAGCUGGUUCCGGCAGCGCUGUCAAUGGCGAAAGCGUCAUGGAUGGGAACCACCAGCUGAUGGCACACACGCAACAGCAACAGCAGCCCCCGCCUCUGCCUCUGUCGCCAACAAAUGUAAAUAUGAAGAAUCUCAAGUACUACGAACACCUGCAGGCCACCGACGACUGCCACGAUCUGAUGCUGAACGAAGAGGACGAUCGGGACGACUGCGAGGACAGCAUGUCCCUGAGCUCCGGGUGCAUGCAGCGCAGCCACCCGUACAACAACUCUCAGCGGCCCCUGCUGGGGGAGCGUCGGCCCCAGCUGACCUUGAUGGCUGUGGGCCAGAGGGCUGUGGGCAAGUCCUUUCAGCAGCACGCCCUGCCCGUGCCACCCCUGCCGCCGCAGAGAAACCACGCGACCGCCGCGUACGUAUCGCCCUACGUGCAUCAGCAGAAGCGCGACAGCGCCAAGGGCUUGCACGGCUUCAACGACUUCGACGCCCUGUCCCAGCAGUACAACCAGCAUCUGCAGAGCCCCCACAUCGGGUACCCCUACGGGAGUCCGCCCUCGCCCACAGCCCACUCGCGCGACUUUUGCUUCGACCGCCAGCCGGGCCAGGCCGCGUCCAGCAGUUCGUCCAACUGUAGCUCGGUGACUACCUCCACCUCGUCCCCGACCCGCUACUACCCGGACAUGGCAGCGGCCCCACUCUAUCCGUCCCGGUUUGAAGACGACUUCUGUGUGCGUCGCCCGGCAGAUAACCCGCCCCUGCCUCCCACAGCAGCGGCAGGCUCCGCCACGGGUCCCUUCAUCUUCGGCAUCUCGCCCGAACAGCAGCCCACGGACUACGGCUGCACCCCGCCAGCGAACCCGACAGCGUCGGUAAACGCACUCCAGCCUGUGAUAGGUCCGUUCAGAAAGGAGCAAAGCCCACUGAAACAAUCUGAGGGCGAUGCCUGCGCUGCCAGCACGGGUAAGAGAUCAAAAUUCUUGUUACGGAAACGCAAAUCGAAGAAGACAGCUGUGGCAGCAGCAGCGACACCGGAUGACGCCUUAAAAUCGGCCGUAAAUGGUGGAAAAAAGGCUGGGUCCGCAACGCAGCCAUCAAUUAAGUGCGUGCUCGUCGGAGACGGAGCUGUGGGCAAAACCAACUUGAUAUUGUCAUAUCUGGAGAACCGCUUCAAUCCGGAGCACAUACCAACGGCCUCUGAUAUUUAUAAUGCCGAUGUUAAUGUGAACGAAAGUCCUGUGCAUUUGACCCUCUGUGAUACCGCCGGUCAGGACACGUUAGAUCCGUUGCGCGAGCUCUGCUACCCGGACAGCGACGUCUUUCUGCUAUGCUUUUCGGUAGUAAAGCCAGAAACUUUCCGUGCCAUCAAAUCGAAGUGGGCCCCGAAGUUCACCAAGGCCAAGGCGGCCUUGAUUCUUGUGGGAACCCAAGCCGAUCUACGCGGAAAUCUGAAUGUCUUGAACAAACUUCAGACAAACGGCGAGAAAGCAAUUUCAUAUGCAGACGCCUGGGAUUUGGCAACAACAAUUGGCGCAAAAUACAUUGAGACAUCGUCGGCUACACAGGAAAAAGUCAAGGAUGUGUUCGAUACGGCCAUUUGGGAGGGCCUUGUGCCUACCACGCUGCCGCCCACGCCUUCCUUCUGGCGGAAACUGUUCUGUUUGGCCUAAAACAAGAAGCUUAGCAAUUAAAUACAUUAUUUAUAUUUAUCCGUUAGCACAUAGGAGUACUACACACAUAAUAAUAGGUUUUUAUUACUAGCAGUGCAUACAUAUGUACAUACAUGUAUUUAUGUAUGUACGAUUUUCGUUUAGCAGUGCUCUCAAUAUUUUGCAUGCACACAGACUGAUCUACAAAUAAAUAAAAUACAUUUUAAAAAUAAUAGAAUGUCCAAUGACAUUUAUAAUAAUAAAAAUCGCUAGAGUUGGUCUCCGCCAAGUCAUGGACUGCAUAUUUUUAAAGAGUCUUAACGGAAUACCAAUAAUCAACUUAAUAGAUUUGUUAUCAUGUUUGAGUAGUCUUACCCUCCUUUUUUUCUUAACUAUUAUUUAAAGUUGUUAGUCUUUAAACUACUCGUAUUUAAACUACUGCUUAUAUCAUACACCAUUCCAUCCAUUUAAGCAUUCGAAUUUUAAGGAAAAUAUUACAAAUUUUGUAUGCUGAAAGUCACAUUAAAGGUGAAAAAAAAAAAA